AUGUCAUCCAUUCAUAGGAUUUGUCUAGUUUUCGCAUUGCUCUUUUCUGUAGCUGUUGCUGGCAUACAGCUGGGACAAUACGACUAUGGGUUUACCGCUGAUCUCCGCUUACGAAAACGGGCUCCGUCUCAGUCUUCUAUCGUAGCCGGCCCUCCUCGUGUCAAUGGAGAAAUCCAGCUGAGACCAGAUAUCCGAGACUUGCAAAAAGACGAGGAUAAAUGGAACCUGUACCUCCUGGCCCUUAGCUGGAUGCAGUUCACCGAUCAGGAGUCACCAUUCUCGUGGUACCAGAUCACAGGCAUUCAUGGAGCACCCGCGUUAACGUGGGAAGAUGUCGACCCAACACCCGGAAACGAGCAUAGUGGAUAUUGUACUCAUGUGUCCAUUCUGUUUCCUCCUUGGCAUCGACCAUAUCUUGCUCUAUACGAGCAAGUCUUGUAUAAUAUUGUUCAAUUUAUUGCCUCGUUUUACCCGCCAGAACUCCAAGACCGGUUCCAAAAAGCUGCCGAUACCUUCCGGAUUCCGUACUGGGAUUGGGCUGCCGUCCCCCCUAAAGGAGACAGUGUACUCCCGCCCGGUGUUGGUGAUUCGCCAUUCAUUAAUGUAACCGGGCCAAACGGUGUUCAAACUAUUGCCAACCCUCUGUUCAGCUACGUCUUCAGGCCAUUUAAUAGCUCAACGUUUCCAGAUUUUCCUUACAACACAUGGCGCGAGACAAAACGAGCACCGCGCCCAAUUAAUAGUGCAAACGCAACUUCAAACAACACCUUCGUGGCACACGCGUUAGAUAUACACCUUCCGAGUUUCCAACAGCGGCUGUACAACUUAUUCUCUCACUACCCCAAUUAUACAACCUUCAGCAAUGAGGCCUGGAUUACCGGUCCCAACAACGGCACAUAUGACUCCCUUGAGUCCAUUCACGAUGCAAUCCACACUGUUGGGGGUGGUGUUUAUGGGCACCUUGCCAUCAUAGCUUAUUCUGGAUUUGAUCCACUCUUCUGGCUACAUCAUACCAAUGUUGAUAGGAUUUUUACUAUGUGGCAACACCUUUACAAUGACACAUAUGUGAUCCCCCAAGCUGCUGUCUAUUCUUCCCAUACGACGUCUCCCGGCCAGUUGGAAAACUCUCAAACGCCUCUCACCCCAUUCUUUGUCAACGAAACACACUUCUGGACGGCUGACAUGGUGCGGGAUCAUGAAGUCUUUGGUUAUACUUACGCUGAAGUAGCAAACACGAGUCGUGCGGAGCUUGUGACAACAAUAAAUAAGCUAUAUGGAAAGUUUAGCCCGGCUUCUAUAUUCAUCGGAUCAGACAGGAGUCUGCGACACAGCAGCAGGCAUACCAAGCGUUCAAGCCACCGCGAAUCGUAUAGAGCAAAUGGGAUAUCUUGGAGCAGUCAAUCUUCAAACCGGCCUUCCUUGGGCGCAAUUUUCAGAGGUGGUAAAUACCGCGAGUGGAUUGCAAAUAUAAGAGUUAACAAGCAAGCCAUGGGUGGUUCAUUUUCGAUUCAUCUCUUCCUAGGGGACGUUCCACCUGACCCUUCAUUAUGGCCGGUAGCACCCAACUUAGUAGGCACUCACGGUAUCUUCGCUCACAAAAGCGUGCACGGCCACGUUUCUGAUCGAAUGGUAACUGGUACAAUCCCCAUAACUUCGGCUCUGAUGCAUAUGGUAGCAUCAGGAAAGGUACCAAGCUUGCACGCAGAAGAUGCAGAGCCGUUUCUAAGGUCCAACCUUCAAGUACGAGUAUCGCUUGCAAAUGGCAAGGUAAUUAAUGCUCGCCAUGUAAGCGGACUUUGCAUCAACAUCGUCAGUUCCAUGGUCAAGGCGCCAGAGUCGGAUAAUAUGCUUUCGGAGUGGGGUGAUAUGGAAACACAUUUUAAUCUACUUGCAUAA